AUAAGAAACGCUAAAAUAUCAUGGAUCCUUUGCAAGAAGCUCUUAGUUUGUUCAGGCGUCGUAAUUUCAAUGAUUGUAUUACGAAGUGCACGGUAAUUUUAGAAAAGCAACCACUGGACCAAGCGACGUGGUGUUUAAAAAUGAAGGCACUUACACAGAGAGUUUAUGUGGACGAUAUAGAAAGCGAUCGAAUUUUCGUUAGCGACUUGAAUGAUGAGAACGUAAUUGCUUCAGCUCCGAGACCGGGAACAUCCCUGAAGGUUCCCGCGACCACAACAUCCAUUGGUUUAACAACCCGUCCGUUAACAUCUGCAGGGUGUCCUCUGACCGGGACCACUAGACCUGACAAUGACACCACGAUCGACUCUCCGCUGCUAAACCGUCUGAAAACCGCUCGUCCUUUUACCUCACAAUCUGCAAGAGCAAUUCGUAUUGGUACAGCUGCCAUUCUGAGUCAAAAGGAAGGACCUUUUAUCCAAAUAUCUCGUCUGAACUUGUCAAAAUACGCAAAAGACCCGUGUCUAUCGAAGGCCUUGUUCGAGUACUUGUACAAUCACGAAGGUGAUGUUAGAAAUGCAAUGGAAUUAGCCACCAAGGCUCUCGAAUAUACUGAAUUUAAAGACUGGUGGUGGAAGGUGCAGUUGGUGAAAUGUUAUAUAGCAUUAAACUCGAUAAGAGAUGCCGAAAAGCAUCUGAGAAGCGCUUUGAAACAGCAACACCACUUGGAUACCUACAUGCGACUGAUAAAGUUAUAUCUUCGAUUAGACCAACCCAUGUCAGCAAAAGAAAUUUGUUGCGCAGGUUUACAAGUUUUUCCAAACGACACAUCCAUUCUUACCGAACUGGCACGAUUAAAUGAGAGUAUAUUGAACACCGACUUGGCCGUUAAACUUUACAAGGAACUGGCAGAAGAAGAUGCUAUGAAUUUGGAAGCUAUAGCGUCCGUUGGACUUUAUCACUUUUAUAACAGUCAACCAGAACUGGCAUUAAAAUACUACAGGCGAAUACUAUCAAUGGGUGCGCAUUUUCCUGAAUUAUACAACAAUUUGGGAUUAUGCUGUUUAUAUUCACAGCAGUUGGACCUUACCCUAUCUUGCUUCCAACGAGCCGUUGAAUUAGCUACAGACUCCACUUCAAAAGCAGAAAUAUGGUACAAUGUUUCUCACGUAGCCCUGGCUGCAGGAGAUAUAGAACUGGCGCUGCACUGCCUCACAUUAUGUUUAUCGGAGGAUUCCAAUCACGCACCGGCCUUUAAUAAUUUGGCCGUUUUGCAGGAAAAAAUUGGCAACCGACAAUUAGCCAAAGUACAUUUCAAUUCGGCAAAACAAUUACAGCCUGAUCUUCCAGAAGCCAAAAAGAACAUAGAAUUAUUGGAGGGCAACUGAAAAACGUACCUAGGGCUUAGUUUUCAGUUUGAAGCAUUUUAAUAUAAACAUUUGUUUGGCUUUAUAACACUUCCACCUGCCAUCAGAAAAUUUUUAAAUAAAAUACUUAUUGUUGUUGUCAUACUUAUUUCUAAUUCUUAUUACAUGAUAGGUUUUAGAAGAGCA